AUGUCAAAAGUAACAGAUAUAAUGUAUGAUCUCAUACACAAAGCUCAAUCUCAGGAUAAGUCUUAUAUAUCUACAUUGGAUGUUGUUGAAGAGAAGCACAGUUUAAGUGCACAUGAGUUAUUUGAUGGAGUUGAUCUUGCUACUUUCUUAGCCAAUUUGCAUCAAGAUAUUAGAAACUUAAAGGCAACGCUUCAUGCUAUAGACAUAGUUGGUCAUGCUACAGAAUAUGUUACUGACUUAGUUGUGGGACAUGGGGAGUUAUGGAGACUUAAUAAAUGGUACUCUCUUAACUCAUCUAAGGUGAUUAUUGCUACUGGAUUUAUAGCAAGCACGCGUCAUAAUAUUCCAACUACUCUCAAGAGAGAUGGAAGUGACUUCUUAGCAGCAAUUAUGGCUGCUUUAUUUCGGGCUCGUCAGGUCACCAUUUGGACAGAUGUUGCUGGUGUGUACAGUGUAGAUCCUAGAAAAGUUAGUGAGGUCGUGAUUUUGAAGACACUAUCUUAUCGAGAGGCAUCAAAGAUGUCUUAUUUUGGUGCAAAUUUCUUACAUCCACGAACAAUUAGUCCAAUUAUUCGAUAUGGCAUUCCAGUCAUAAUAAGGAAUAUUUCAAUACCUCUGCUCCUGGAACAAUGGUAUGCCAUCCUUCUAAUAUUGAAAAUGAAGAUAUGA